AUGACAGCUAAUGAUUCGUCAGAAGCAGUAUCUACGCUUAGAGUCCAACGCAACAACAUUGAUCUUGUAAUCACCGAUUAUCACAUGCCUGGUCUGAAUGGAGUUCAACUUAAAAAGAGGAUUGAUGAAGAAUUUGGAAAUUUGCCUGUCAUUGUGAUUUCAGCAGACAUGAACAAUGCAAUUGAGCGAGAGACUCUAUCCUCUGGUGCAAUGUGCUUCCUGAGAAAACCGAUCAAAGCAAACGACCUCAACAUCAUAUGGAAACAUGCUUUAAACUACAAGAUGAAUGGCAGUUCAAAGCAAAUCCAGAAGACAAAUUCAACCUGCAAUCCUUAUGAUGGAGAUUCUCGACCACAUGCCAAGUCGAAAAUCAAAUGGACGAGAUCUCUUGAGAGUCUAUUUUACAAGGCCAUUCAACACAUUGGUGUUCAUAGUAAAGGCUACGCCUAA